GGAUUUCAAGUCCAACGCCUUAACCACUCGGCCAUCGCAGCUUGCGAUUGAAAAUCGCCACUUAGCAGCUACCUAUACAAAUAUACAACACUUUAGCUUAUCUCCGACCUUUACCAUACAAAAGUUUGUUAAAAAAAGUAAAUCAAUGGCUACAACUACUGUGAAUGCUGCUAAAGUAGCCGAGGGUGACAAGCUAAUAGCAGAGGCUGAGAAAUGUCUCAAGACCAACUGGCUGAAAUGGAAUGCUGAUCUUGAUGGAGCUGCUCAUGCAUUUGAUAAAGCUGCACUGUGUUUCAGAAAUGCUAAAGCUUUGGAUAAAUCAAAAGAUGCCUAUGAGAGAGCUGCUGAGAUUUACUAUCGGAAUCAUGCUCUAUUCAGUGCUGGCAAGUCUCUAGAGCAAGCUGCCAAUCUAUGCAAGGAGCAAGGGAGAAUGGAGGACAGCUCAGAGUGUCUGGAGCGUGCCAGUGCUAUGUAUCAUGAGAGUGGACAUGCCGACACAGCAGGACAAGUACUUAGGAAAGCCGCAAAACUGGUGGAGGCAAUCUCUCCUCGUAAAGCUGCUCAGUAUUACCUGUCAACAGCAGAGCUUCAUGAGACUGAAGAGAAGUACAGAGAUGCCGCGUCAGCAGUACGCUAUGCAGUCAGCAUGUACACACGUGCCAGAGAGUGAGUUAGUGUGUGGGUGUGUGUGUGUGUG